AUAAAUUAUGAAACAGGCACCCCUCUUUGGCGCAAUGGACCACCCGAGAAGCCAGUUCUAUGCAAUGCAUGUGGUUCUCGGUGGAGAACAAAGGGAACACUGGCAAACUAUACUCCUCUACAUGCAAGGGCAGAAUCUGAUGACUAUGAGAACCCUAGGGUAUCAUAUAAGGUUGAGAAUGUAUCCAUUAAGAGUAGAAGGGAGAAAGUUCUCAAACAAAAGCAAGCUAUUGAUUUUUCUGAAUUUGGAGGGUUUGCGCCUGGUCAUAACCAUGGUUUCCGUAAAGGAUUAGAUGAAGAUACAAGUAAUAGAUCAAGUUCUGGAUCUGCCAUAUCUAACCCAGAGAGCUGUGCCCAAUAUGGCAGUGCUGAUGCAAGUGAUUUAACAGGCCCUUCCCAAUCUGUUGUCUGGGACACAAUGGUGCCUUCCAAGAAAAGAACCUGCAUCCGUCGAUCAAAACCAUCUCCAUUUGAGAAGAUUACUAAAGAUUUGUAUACUAUAUGGCAUGAACAACAGUCAUCAUGCUUCUCCGCAACUUCAGAAGAACAAUUGCUUCUAGAGAGUGACAAACCUAUGGUGUCUGUUGAGAUUGGACAUGGAAGUGUACUCGUUCGACAUCCUAACGGAAUAGGUCGAGAAGAAGAAUCGAAAGCUAGCUCCCUUUCAGUUGAUAACAAACAACAUCCCAUAUGCAAUGCUUAUUCACAGUGCACAACCCUGCCUGUACAUAUCAGGAAGCCUGCUGGACAGGGCAUGGAACAACAACACAUUAAGAGAGACAAGGAUCAAGUCGAAAAACUUCAGAUGGUGGGCCGUCAUAAUUCACCAUUACUUCAUGUAGAUCUGCAA